CCAGCCUCGCUGUGACACGUUAUAUUUCUGCGACGACGGCUGGUGUAUACGUCAGGGAGGCGCGCCUGGGAUCUUCCUUUCUCUCAUCCUGAAGAUGGCGGCGGGGACUCUGUACACAUACCCAGAGAACUGGAGGGCCUUCAAGGCCCAGAUUGCGGCCCUGUACAGUGGUGCUAAGCUGAAGGUUGCCAGCACCCCCCCUGCCUUUACCUUUGGGCAGACGAACCACAGCGCUGACUUCAUCGGCAAGUUUCCCAUGGGCAAGGUCCCAGCUUACCAGGGAGAUGAUGGUUUCUGUCUGACAGAGAGCAAUGCCAUUGCUUACUACCUGAGCAAUGAUGCCCUGCGCGGCUCUGGCGCCAAGGACCAAGCCCAGGUCAUGCAGUGGGUGACCUUCGCCGACGCCGACAUCGUGCCCCCCGCCAGCACAUGGGUCUUCCCCACCCUUGGCAUCAUGCAGUUCAACAAACAGGCCGCCGAGCAGGCCAAGGAGGAGGUGAAGAAGGUCCUUGCUUACCUCAACCAGCACUUGAAAACCCGUACCUUCCUGGUCGGAGAGAGAAUCAGCCUUGCCGACAUCACAGUUGCUUGCUCUAUGAUCUGGCUCUACAAACAGGUCAUGGAGCCUGCCUUCCGUCAGCCCUACGCCAAUGUGAACCGCUGGUUUACCACCUGCAUCAACCAGCCACAGUUCAAGACCGUCCUCGGCGAGGUGAAGCUCUGCGAAAAGAUGGCUCAGUUUGAUUCCAGGAAGUUUGGCGAGAUGCAGCCCAAGAAGGAACACCCGAAGAAGGAGAAGAAGGAGGGUGGCAAGCCCCAGGACAAGAAGCCCAAGGAGGAGAAGAAAGAGAAGAAGCCAGCUGCCCCCGCCGUGGAGGAGAUGGACGAGGCCGAGCUGGCCCUCGCCGCCGAGCCCAAAGCCAAGGACCCCUUCGCACAUCUUCCAAAGAGCGCUUUCGUUAUGGAUGAGUUCAAGAGGAAGUACUCCAACGAGGACACCCUGAAGGUGGCCAUCCCCCACUUCUGGGAGCACUUUGACCGCGAGGGCUACUCCAUCUGGUACUCCGAGUACAAAUACCCCGAAGAGCUCGCCAUGACCUUCAUGAGCUGCAACCUCAUCACAGGAAUGUUCCAGCGUCUCGACAAGCUUCGCAAAAAUGCCUUCGCUAGCGUCAUCCUGUUCGGCGCAAAUAACGAUAGUUCCAUCUCCGGCAUCUGGGUAUUCAGAGGACAGGACUUGGCCUUCCCCCUGUCCGAUGACUGGCAGAUCGAUUACGAGUCCUACAGCUGGCGCAAGCUGGACGUGGACAGCGAGGAGUGCAAGACCAUGGUGAAGGAGUACUUUGCCUGGGAGGGUGACUUCAAGCACACCGGAAAACCUUUCAACCAGGGCAAGAUCUUCAAGUAAACUCUCUUUGCUUGGGGAGUCUGGUGUCUUGACAACAUGCAUGGACAUGCAACCACAAUGAACGGCAAAAAAGGAACGUUAAGGAUAUUGGAAGAAAAAAAGAAAAGACACGGGGAGUGUGUUGUAUGCUCUGUCUGGAGUUAUGUGUUGAGGUGGAGAGAAAAAUAAAAUGUUUUUCAUUAUCCCA